AUGGUCUUUCCUGGUCUAUUGUCUUUGGUUCAUGCUCGUUCUCUGGUGUCGCUCGUUCUUUGGUUUGUCUAUGGUGCUGGUGUUACUGUUGCUGCUGCUAAUAUGGUCUUUCCAGGUCUACUGUCUUUGUCUCUGCUGGUGGCGUUUGUACUUUGGUUUGUCUAUGAUGCUGGUGUUACUGCUGCUGCUGCUGCUGCUGCUGCUGCUAAUAUGGUCUUUCCUGGUCUACUGUGUUUGGUGCAUGCUCGUUCUCUGGUGUCGUUCGUUCUUUGGUUUGUCUAUGGUGCUGGUGUUACUGUUGCUGCUGCUAAUAUGGUCUUUCCAGGUCUACUGUCUUUGGUUCAUGCUCGCUCUCUGGUCUAUAUUCGGUGA